GCACAACGAGCAGCUCGCACGACGCGCUUCCACGGUGCACUUGGAUUUGGGAUUACCUCAAACCACAUCUCCGUCGUGGAUCCCAGUGUAGACCGCAUCUAUCGUCCGUUCGGACAGUCUGAUGGCAUGCGUCUGUUGUAGUGCAUGUGGAUUGUAUUAUUAUUUGUAGUUGCACUCAUCUCUCCAUUCACGGCGUGCCCAAUGCAGUGGGAUGGACGGUGUUAGAGUGGGGCUGAUGAUGGUGGAGGAGAGUGAUGAACAGAGGGACAGCAGCAGCAGGGGCAGCGGCGGCGGUGUCGCAGCCAUGGCCGCGCUACACCAGUGUGAACUGAUCCAGAACAUGAUCGACAUCUCCAUCUCCAGUUUACAAGGGCUCCGGACCAAAUGCGCGGCGUCCAACGAUCUCACGCAGCAGGAGAUCCGCACUUUAGAGGUCAAGCUCAUGAAGUACAUCUGUAAACAGCUGCAGUGUAAGCAGAAGGUGCCAGACACAGAAAGGCCGCCGGCCCUGAACAGCUACCCACGGCUGGGGGACUGGUUACGCACCAUCAACGUCAGACCUGAGCUCAUAGAGGCAGUGAACGUGAAGCUGUCAUUGGAUGCGCUGCUGCAGAUGCCCGGCAGUCAGGUGAAAGAAACCAUGAGACGGCUCGGCUCCAGUUCAGAGGACUGCACCAGGCUGUGCGCUGCCCUUAACUGUUUAAAGAGUGCCUCUGAGUCAGGGGAGUUUAAAGAGGACAGCGGUUGUUGGUUCUCCGAGCCCAUGAGGCGGGACAGUGGCGGCUUGACUCCAGUGGACCAGAUUCCAUUACUAGGAGGUUCCCUGCGCCCCCACAGUCCUUCCCCUCUGGCCCGGCCCAUGACCGCUCCCUCCACCCCCUCUACGCCCCUCACCACCUGCCCGUACCCCCGCUACAUCCUGUCGCCCGGCGAGGCUCACAUUUACCACGGUUAUGCAGAGAGUCUGACCGACCCCAGCCCGUAUUACACCUCCCGUCCCGUCAGACUCCACGGACACACCUCGACUCCACCCAUAACCCCGCCCUCCCGGAGGAGACACCGCCUCAAGCCUCCCUGCACACCUCCUCCACCGUCCCGCAAAGUUCUGCACCUCCUCCCAAACAUCACGCUGACCCGCAGCAAGAGCCACGAGAGUCAGCUUGGACACCGCAUUGAAGAUACGCCCGCUAACAAGUGUGUGAAAAAAAACAAGCUGUUUCUGAACGUCCAGAUUAAUGGAAACGGUUGUGAGGACUCUCCAUCUCGCUCGCCCACUCUCUCCACACGGACCCCUGGGGCAGCACCCGCCACGGCCCCGUACACUUUGCCAGGCACUCCCACACUACAGGAAGAGCACAUCGGCCUGCGGAAUAAUGUUACCGUCCACCGCAGCUCACCUCAAGCUCUGCGGAGAGACAUCGGGCUGGCUGUCACUCACAGGUUUUCUACAAAGUCUUGGCUCUCUCAGACAUGUCAAGUGUGCCAGAAAAACAUGAUAUUUGGGGUAAAAUGCAAACACUGCAGGUUAAAGUGUCACAACAAAUGCACUAAAGAAGCUCCAUCCUGCAGAAUCUCUUUCCUGCCCAUCACAAAGAUUCGUAGGACUGAGUCUGUACCCUCAGACAUUAACAACCCUGUGGACCGUCCACCCGAAGCGCCACAGUUCGGGACGCUACCGAAGGCAAUAACAAAGAAGGAUCAACCGCCGGCGCUGAAUCAGCUGGACUCUAGCAGUAAUCCAUCCUCCACCACUUCCUCUACGCCUUCAUCUCCCGCCCCCUUCCAGCAGAGCAAUCCUCCAAGUGUAACCCCGCCCCCAAACCCCUCCCCAAAGGGCCACCGUGACAACCGCUUCCACUUUCCAGCUGCAUGUUAUUUUCAGCACCGACAGCAGUUCAUCUUCCCUGAUGUGUGCAGUUCCAGCAUCCUUCAUUCAGAUGGACUCCCAGACACAGUUAACGAGAUCGAUCCAUCAGUGGAGGAGAUGCACGCAGAACAAGACGAGGAAGAUGACAGAGAGGAACUUGAGGAAGAAGAAGAAGAGGAAAUAGAAGCAGAGGAGGAAGAGGAUAUAGCAGUGGAGGAGGAGGAGGAAGAGGAAGAGCUGGAGGAUGAAGAGGAGGAGGAUAUGGAUGAGCUGAACCACAGCUCAGAAGGAGAGUGUGAAGGAGACGAGCUGGACGACCUGCCCAGCACGCGAGGAGGAACCCACUGGAAAGGUCCCAUCUCUCGUAAGGCCAGCCAGACCAGCGUCUACCUGCAGGAGUGGGACAUUCCCUUCGAGCAGCUGGAUCUCGGCGAGCUCAUUGGGAAGGGUCGCUGGGGUCGGGUCCAUCGCGGCCGCUGGCACGGAGAGGUGGCCAUCCGACUCCUGGAGAUCGACGGGAACAACCAGGACCACCUGAAGCUCUUCAAGAAGGAGGUGAUGAACUACAGACAGACACGCCACGAGAAUGUCGUCCUCUUCAUGGGAGCUUGCAUGGCUCCGCCUCAUCUGGCCAUCAUUACCAGCUUCUGCAAAGGCCGGACGUUGUAUUCUGUCGUGAGGGACACGAAAAACACGCUGGACAUCAAUAAGACUCGGCAGAUUGCGCAGGAGAUUGUGAAGGGAAUGGGCUAUCUUCAUGCUAAGGGCAUCGUUCACAAGGACCUUAAAUCGAAAAACGUCUUUCACGACACAAACAAAGUAGUCAUUACUGACUUUGGCCUUUUCGGGAUCUCUGGAGUGGUUCAGGAGGGCCGACGCGAAAACGAGCUGAAGCUUCCUCACGGGUGGAUCUGUUAUUUGGCUUCAGAAAUCGUGCGUAAAAUGAGUCCCGGAAACAACGAGGACAGACUUCCGUUUUCUAAUGCUGCUGAUGUUUAUGCCUUUGGCACCAUCUGGUACGAGCUGCAGGCGAGAGACUGGCCCAUCACCAGUCAGCCCGUAGAGGCCACCAUCUGGCAGGUGGGCAGUGGAGAGGGCAUCAGGAGGGUCCUGGCAGAGAUCAACUUGGGAAAAGAGGUCACGGAGAUUCUGUCUGCCUGCUGGUCAUAUGAUGCUCGUAAUCGGCCCACGUUCACGCAGCUGGCCGACAUGCUGGAGAAACUGCCCAAACUCAACCGCCGCCUGUCUCAUCCUGGCCACUUCUGGAAGUCUGCAGAGUAUGUAUCCUAGAAUCUGGCACACUGUGAAAAGAGGACAAACAGGUGGUAGAAACCUGCACAGUCUGCAGAAACGACGACAAAGAUGACCUCAGAGACACCUCAGUGAAUCAAAUGUGUUGUUUGUUCGGUUACUUUCUGUCUGACCUUCUCUUCACUUAGAGUAUUUUUGUCUUGUUCAGUCAUUAUUUUUAUCAGCAGCAUCUGUCUAACAUUCAGAAGAGCAGUAUCAGCACUUGUUACAGCAUAGGGAAACUUUUAAAUUGGAAAAAUAAUCCCAUAAUCACAACAAUUUAAUAGCAAUAUAAAUUAUGUAAAAUAAAUAAUAUACAUACACACACACAC